UGUUGUACGGUCACCCCGACGCACCAGAGGGGCGUGGCAACGUACGGUGGCCGGGAGGACCCUGAAGGCGUUGUCUCCGCGGCGGGAUGGAGUCGGUGGUGUUUAUCUUUUCACUCAUUGAUUGCUGUGCCCUGAUUUUCCUUUCCGUUUACUUCAUAAUUACAUUAUCAGAUUUGGAAUGUGACUACAUUAAUGCUAGAUCUUGCUGCUCAAAAUUAAAUAAAUGGGUGAUCCCUGAGUUGAUUGGCCACACCAUUGUCACUGUAUUAAUGCUUAUUUCACUGCACUGGUUCAUCUUCCUUCUCAAUUUACCUGUAGCAACCUGGAACAUCUAUAGGUUUAUUAUGGUUCCCAGUGGAAACAUGGGAGUAUUUGAUCCUACAGAGAUCCAUAAUCGAGGGCAGCUAAAGUCGCACAUGAAGGAAGCCAUGAUUAAACUAGGCUUUCACCUUCUUUGUUUUUUCAUGUACCUUUACAGUAUGAUUCUGUCUUUAAUAAACGACUGAAGUGAAGGUGAAGGUGCUAACAGUUGUCAAACUGAACUGUCACUCCAGUGAAGACAUUGUUGAACCAGGAGCAGCUCUCAAGUAAACCUAGACCAGUGUUGUCCUGCAGUCUAUUUUUUCCUCCUCAAACAAAAAAUAUUUUUGCUGUAUUUUUUAACAUAUAAAAUAUUUAAAAACCCAUGAUACAAAUUUUCUGGAACCAUUCAUUUGU